GCUAACGAUUUUCGGCAGGAUGACAUUCACACAGCUUUGCGACUUCCCAACUACAACAAGGCAAAAAAAUCCCCCUCAUCCACCACAGCCCUUUGUUCCGCGUCUAGCCCUUUUAGGCUCACUCGAAUUACAAAAUGGCCGACCCCCGUGUUGAAGAGCUCCCCGACGAGGAGGUUCCCAAGACCAACGUUGAGGAUGCCGGCAGCUCCUCCGAGUCUGAGGCUGGCGAUGAGCCCACCAUCCCCGGUGGUGCCGCUGUCACCAUCCACUCUCGCAACGAGAAGAAGGCUCGCAAGGCCAUUGGCAAGCUCGGCCUGAAGCACGUUCCCGGCAUCACUCGUGUCACUCUCCGUCGUCCCAAGAACAUCCUUUUCGUCAUCAACCAGCCCGAUGUCUACCGCUCCCCCUCCAGCAACACCUGGAUCAUCUUCGGUGAGGCCAAGAUCGAGGACCUGAACGCCACCGCUCAGGCUACCGCUGCCCAGCAGCUUGCUGAGGCUGCUGCCAACGAGCACGCUGGUCACGACCACGAGCACGACCACGGCAAGGGCAAGGCCCCCGAGGCUGAGGCCAAGAAGGAAGAGGAAGAGGAUGAUGGCGAGGAGGUCGAUGAGUCUGGUCUUGAGGCUAAGGACAUCGAACUGGUUAUGGCCCAGGCUAAUGUGUCCCGCAAGAAGGCCGUCAAGGCUCUCCGGGAGAACGACAACGAUAUCCGUAGCGCCGCUCUCAAGGUCGACUGGGCCAAGUUGACCAGCUCCCUCGGACUCCGCGGCCAGACCGCUGCUUCCCUCCAGGCCUUCAAGAAGCGUAACGACGAUGCGCGCCGCAAGGUUCAGAUCCUGUCUGAGCAGGCCCAGACUGUCGACUUCGAGCACUACCGCAAGGUCCUGAAGAACCAGGCCAUCGUCAACGAGAUCGAGAACCACUUCAAGACCUUCAAGCCCGCCACCUACGAUGUCAGCCGCCAGCUGAAGGCCAUCGACGCUUUCGAGGCUCAGGCCGUCAAGGGCGCUGAGGAGACCAAGGGCAAGGUUGAGUCCGAGCUCCGCAGUCUCCAGAAGACCCUCGAGAACAUUGAGACCGCCCGUCCCUUCGAGGACCUCACUGUUGACGAGGUUGCCGCCGCUCAGCCCGAGAUCGACGAGAAGACCGCCUCCCUUGUCUCCAAGGGCAGAUGGAUGCCGGCUGGUUACAAGGAGCGCUUCGGCGACAUGUCCGUUGUUUAAACGGUCACAUCUUUUGUACCUAUUUACGUCUCUCCAUCCUUCGACCAGUAUAAUCACACGAAGUUACCCUUUGUUGUCAAGCAUGUUGGCCAGUUAGGAUACCCUUGCUCUCUGGCAGUGUGAUGUCGGUUGUAGGGUCAUGUAUAGAAACAAUGUUGAAUUUAGAUGGUUCCCUCACCACCGGACCGUUUUUGUAUAUCGGCCCUCGACCGCUAUGUUACGCUCCAUAUCAAGCAGUCGUUAUUUCUACGAUUGAAGGUAUUCAG